UUGUCGGUUGGAACCGGACAGAAGAACAGAGCACAGAAUUUUCCUGUUAGGUUCUUCGAUUCGAUCUGUUCGAUACCGGAUGCCCAAAGAUUCUCGUAUAACCGACACCCUGAAUAUUAAAAGUUUUAUGAAGGGGCUUUUAUUUUUUAUUAGAGACCAAGCCUCCAUUAGAGACCGAGCUAAGCCCCAAGAUCGAACGGAGCAAUCCUCAAAAAUUUUUUCAGGAGGUUCUACAUAAUAAAGGUGUGACAGCAAGCUUAGGAGCGCUGUCUAGAAAAUAUAAAAAAAAUUUUUCUUUAAUUAAAAUUUUUAUUUUAGCACAUGCCUGUGUGGAGGAAAUAUGCGCGGAUCGUUCUCCCACACAUUGGACUUAUAUUGCUAUCAUUAUUUUAUGUGGUUGGAGGGGCUUUUAUUUUUUAUCAUUUGGAGAGUCCAAACGAGAUGGAUAUUAGGCGAGAUACAAUGGAAUUAAUAGAAAAAGAAAGGAACGAUAUGUUGGAAUAUCUCUGGAUAAAAAUAAAUGAUGAAAAUUAUUCUGAGGAAGAGUUGGAACAAAUUGCCUUGGAAAGGGUAGAUAACAUUAGUCGUAUUCUGUUUGAAGCAUUUGAUACACACUAUGUUGGUCUAUCGUUGUUACAAAGUGAAAAUGUCAAUGUAACACAGGGGACGUGGAGCAUGACAACUGCAAUUUUCUUCACAUCAACCCUUCUAACAACUAUCGGUUAUGGUAAUCUAGUGCCUGUAACCAGCCUUGGUCGGAUGUUCUGUAUAUUUUAUGCACUCUUUGGUGUUCCAUUAAUUUUAAUUACAGUUACUGACAUUGGAAAAUUCCUAUCCGAACAAAUUGUUUGGCUAUAUACUCGUUAUGCGCGGGCUAAACAUCGGUUUAGAGACCGUUUAUUACAACAGCAACAACAACCUUUAUCUUCUGGGGCAGCAGAACUUGCCUCCGCUUCAUCUCCGCAGAGAAGUAUGCUGCGAGCACAACUACACGAACUUGGAUUAGAUAAUGUCCAUAUUCCGAUAACCUUAAUUGCUGCAAUUCUGAUUGGUUAUAUGAGUAUAGGAGCCCUUCUCUUGGCAAGCUGGGAAAACUGGGCAUUAUUUGAUGGUUUUUAUUACUCUUUUAUAACAAUGACAACAGUUGGAUUUGGCGAUUUGGUUCCAACAAAGCGAGAAUUUUAUAUUAUUGACCUUUUCUACAUUGUGGUUGGACUUGCUAUAACUACAAUGUGCAUAGACCUAGUUGGCAUUGAAUACAUCGAAAAGAUUCACUACUUUGGCCGAGCAAUUUCCGGCGCUCGCUUUGCUUUAGUCAACGUUGGAGGAAAAAUGGUUAGGGUGCCAGACUUGAUGAGAUGUGCCCAUGUAUUACAACAAAAAUAUGGGCAAAGAAAGACCUCUGGAAAAAAUAAAAAUGAUUCGACAACAACUGCAUUACUCCACCAAUUUAUUGUCUGGCGGGGAGCCUAUGCACCAAGAGAUCUAGGCUAUAUUCGAUUUAUUGACAUAGGCUCACUUGCCAGCUUCGAAUCCUUGUCAAGUUUAAUCUCAAGUAUUUUUACCGGCAAAAAAUCAAGAGAACCGAGUGUUGUUGUACCAACAUAUGUUUAAAAAAAAUUUUGUUUAUGCUCACGCAUUUAAAAUAUUAAUAAAAAUUUUAUUGAGAGAAAUUUUUUUAAAAAAUUGUAAAAAUUAAGCAGUUUAAUAAUAAUGUCUCUUUUUUGCCUUUUAGCAAGUACAGCCAUUUGAAUGGAAUUUCUCGCAACAUUUCAUUCGGUUUCUGCAAUCGUCAUACCUGUUUUUUG